AUGGAUCCCAAUGUAGAACCUUUAGUAUACUCAUUAUUUUAUCCGCAUGGUACAAAAGGUUGGCACAAAGAUAUAUCAUGUGUUAAUAAAAAUAAAAGUAUCACUCGCAAUGCUUAUAUUAAGUAUCGAUUAGCUAUACGUAAUGAUUUUAAUAAAUUUUUAUUAGGUCGGAGAUUAUUUCAACAAUGGGUCGUUGACAGCUAUGUUAAAAUAGAAAAGGAUAGAAUACGUUAUUGUAAAAAUAAUCAAAAACAGUUGCGUGUUGAGACAUAUCAAGGGUUGAUUGAUUAUUCACAUAAAAAAAGUAAUGAUACUAAUAGUCAAAUCGGAAAAAUGAUAAUACUUCCAUCAUCCUUUAUUAAUUCACCACGAAGUAUGUUACAGUUAUAUCAAGAUUCUAUGGCUAUUGUUAGAAAAUAUGGAAAACCUGAUAUUUUUCUUACCAUGACUUGCAAUCCAAAAUGGCUUGAGAUUGAAGAAAAUCUACUACCUGGACAAACGGUAGCUGAUAGACCUGAUCUUAAAUUUUUCGGUGAUGUUGAAGCUUAUUUGGAUGUAAUUGAAUUCCAAAAACGCGGUUUACCAUAUAUGCAUAUGUUAAUUACAUUAAAAAAAUAUUGUAAAAUAAAUACGUCUGUAUUAGUAGACAAAUAUAUUUCAGCAGAAAUCCCUGAUCCAACUAUAAAUCCUAAGUUGCAUAAUAUUGUUAUGAAUAAUAUGAUACACGGUCCUUGUGGUGAUUGGUGCCUGGUCAAUAGUAAGUGUUCGAAAAAAUAUCCGAAAUCAUUUGUCGAAAAAACAGCAAUGGAUGAGAAUGGCUAUCCGCAUUAUGGACGAAAAAAUACAAAUAUACAAUACAUCAAAAGAUUAAAAUCUUACGAUUUUUCAGUUAAUAACAGUCUUGUUGUACCUCAUAAUCAAAGAUUGUUACUGUUAUUCAAUUGUCAUAUAAAUAUUGGAAUUGUAUCCAGUAUUAGAGCAGUUAAAUAUUCAUAUAAAUAUAUUUAUAAGGGUCAUGAUGCAGCUGCUUUCAAUAUUUCAAAUUCUGAAAACAUUAUCAACCAUGAUGAAAUUAAAGAUUAUUUAGAAGGACGCUAUGUAGGACCUGUAGAAGCAUGUUGGCGAAUUUUUAACAAAGAAUUGCAAAAUAAAAGUCAUACUGUCACACGAUUACCUAUACAUUUACCUAAUCAACAAUCUAUUGUAGUUCACUCAACAGAAAAUGAUGAAAGUAUUAUAAGUGCUUUAGACAAAGCAAGUAUGCUUCUCGAAUUUUUUGCCUUGAACUCACGAGAUUCAGAAGCUCAUAAUUAUAUAUAUUCCGAAAUUACUUGCCAUUAUGUCUUUAAAAAAACAAAUGGUUCAGAACAAUCCCAAUGGCAUAAGCGACAAACUCAAUUUAAUGUUAUUGGGCGAGCAACAAGCUUUGAUGAUUCAAAAACUGUAAAUGGAGUUACUUAUAAUACCUUUGUUGAUACAUGCUUAGUAUUGGGACUUAUUGAAGACGAUGAUGAAUGGAAAAAGGUUAUGACAGAAGCAGAAUCGUGGAUGAUGCCACAUCAAUUACGUAGACUAUUCGUACGUAUUUUAAUACAUUGUCAACCACUUCAUCCAGAACAAUUAUGGGAAACAUUCAAAAACGCGACGUCAGAAGAUUUUCUUAGACAAUUUGGAGCAAAUGUAGCUUAUAAAAAAGCGUACAUACAAAUUAACACCUUAUUAAUAAUAGAAGGUUCGAGUCUUAACGAAUUUUCAUCUAUGGAACAGAUUACAGACAUUGAAAAUUCUGAUUUCGAUGAUAUUUCUCCACAAGAACAUAAUAGAAUUGGUCAAUAUCAAUAUAAUCAAUUAAAUAAAAAACAAAAAGAUUUUGUUGAUCAUGUAACGUAUUCAAUUGAUAAUGUUAAUGGAGAGAAUAAUAUAUCAAGAUGCUUUUUUGUUGAUGGACCUGGAGGUUCAGGGAUAGCCGCAACAUUACUUCCACAUGGUAAAACUGUACAUAGAACGUUUGGUAUGCCAGUACCUUUAUUUAGUGAUGCAACAUCAAAUAUUAAACCUCGAUCAAAACAAUACGAAUAUUUAAAAAAAUGUGAUCUUUUUAUUUGGGAUGAAGCUCCAAUGGCUCCGAGAUAUGCAUUAGAAUUAGUAGAUCGAACAUUGCGUGAUAUAAUGAAUAAUACUCAACUUUUUGGUGGAAAAAUCUUGGCUCUUGGGGGUGAUUUCAGACAACUACUUCCAGUAUCGACAAAUGCACCUCGAAUAGCUAAUGGAACGCUUAAUGAUAGUAAUGAUUAUUUAACUGUUCCAGACGAUUGUAUAGCUGAUGAACAUUGCAAUAUUGUUGACAAUUUGUAUGGUCCAACAAUAAGAAAUGAAACUUUUGAUGAUUUUACAAAAUUAGCUAUACUUGCUCCUCGCAAUACUGAUGUGGAUGAAAUAAAUAAUGAUGUUGUUAAUUUACUUGAUGCAACCACAGCAAAAAUAUAUAAAAGUAUUGAUUCUAUUGAUCAAUGUGAUAAUAGUGAUAUAAAUGAUGCUAUUGUGCCAGAAUAUGUAAAUAGUCUGAAUCCACCUAAUUUUCCACCUCAUGAAUUUCGAUUAAGAUUAAAUACGGUUGUAAUGCUCGUUAGAAACUCAAGUAUUAAUGAAGGCUUAUGUAAUGGUACUCGAUUGUUGAUUAUAGAUCUGGGAAAUAAUGUACUAAAGUGUAAAAUUUUAACGGGUGACAGAAUUGAAAAUAUAUUUUUCAAUCGUAUUACACUGUAUUACGAAUAUUCAGAAGUAUUCAUCGUUAAACGUAGGCAAUAUGCGAUUAGAUUAGCAUUUGCGAUGACAAUAAAUAAAGCUCAGGGUCAGACAUUUGACAAAAUUGCUAUAGAUUUACGUAAAGAUGUAUUUAACCAUGGACAAUUAUACGUUGCUAUGUCACGGCUCGUUAUUGAUCAAGCUCAUCGACGAACGCUCCAUGGAGGAACUCAAGUUACUCUCAUUCAUGUUCGAGAAAAGUUUUGGAUCCUAGGAGGAAGAGCUCCUAUUUGCUCAUUUAUCCUGCGAUGCGUGAUCUGUGCUCGAUAUCGUGUUCGACGUGCUUAA